AUGGAACCGUCCUCCAACGACACAUCUCUCUACAACUCAGCCAAGACUGUGCAGGAAUUGGCAGCCACCACAAAUAUAGAUCUACAACUAGUAUCCACCUGGUUUCUUGACUGGGGCCUCAGUUUACACCCUGAUAAGUGUAAGGUAGUCUGCAUAAAAUCUGAUCGUAACAACGUCCAGCUACCUCCUAUCUACUUACUCGGGAAGAUUGUGGAACAAGUGCCUUUCUACAGCCAUCUAGGUGUCACCAUUCACCAAUCCCUCAGAUGGACGGAACACGUACAGGUGGUCACAGGCAAGAGUAGAAAACUGCUAGGCCUCUUGCGCAAAGUCAGUGGCAAACUUGGAAGACAGGCCUUAGAAACAGCAUACUUUGCUCUAGUUCGACCCAAGUUGGAGUACGCGUCAGCGCUACUGGGUGACUUGGCAAGUUCAGCUAGCAGGUUGCUAGAACAGGUCCAGUACCAAGCAGGCCUUCUCGUCACAGGGGCGAUGAAAGGUACUCCAAAAUCUAACCUACUGCAGGAACUGGAAUGGGACACUCUAGCCACCAGACGACAGCUCAACUCACUCACCAUCAUGUACAACAUGAAGAACGGACGUGUACCCCCACAUCUACAGCUGCUUACUCCGUCAACAAGAGGCGCCCAGUCUACAACACGUCUACAGCUACGCCGGGAGUUUCGUUUGGGGCUGUUGCUGCCCCAGUCCGAUGAUUUGCUGGGGCGGAUGGCGUGGGAGACGACGGCGGGGGCAGCCACACUGGCCGCCGAGACUGUCAUGUUGGACUCAUCGCUUCUACCCGGACACACGAUAAGCCUAGUCUGGCGAGACUCCGGCUGUAAUGCGGUGACUGCCGCCGGUCGGACGGUGGAACUCUACACGGACGAGAACGUCGACGCCAUCCUGUGUCCCCCGUGUAACGAUGCUUGUGUCGCCUCGGCGCUCCUGGCUGGCUAUUGGAACAUCCCUGCGAUCACGUGGGCAGCCAUGGAUCCCCGCAUGGACGAUAAGGUUCUCUUCAACACCCUGACUCGGCUGCUGCUGCCGUUCAACAGCCUGGGAAAGGUUGUUUCAAAGAUGUUCACAGAAUGGGGGUGGACACGUGCAGUCAUUUUCUCCUCCAAUAUGGAAUGGCUCUGUACGCAGGCCAGAACAUCGUUGAAGGCAGGUCUGAGGAAGGUGAAUGCCACUGUAGUAGCUGACUACAGGUACGAUUUCGUGGAGGACGAUGCGAUGCGAGAACAGCUGAAAGACAUCAAAGAAACUGGACAGAUCAUCUGCAUGUGUCACCACGACAAGGAGACGGAGCGCCGCGUGAUGCUGCACGCCCACGAUCUCGGCAUGACGAACGGAGAGUUCGUGUUCAUCAACGCCGUGACGUGGACGCUGGAGGGGCAGCUGGGCGAGCCGUGGAGGGCCGGCGACGACAGGGACGAGGACGCAAAACAAGCCUACGGCAGUGUACUCAACGUACGAAUGGUGUUUCCGGAUGGACCUAUAGUCGAUGAUUUCCGAAAGAAGGUCGUGGAGAGAAUGGCUGCUCCACCUUGGAACUUCACAGACGGCCUCCAGAGGGGAUUGAAGGGAAGCUCAUACUCUCCUUUCCUGCACGACGCGGUCAUGCUCUAUGCCUUAGUCAUGAACAGGACGUUACAAUCUGGAGAAGACCCCAGGGAUGGCGAAGCCUUCAUGCGUCACGCCAGGAAGAAAGCUUUCGAAGGAAUGUCUGGAACCGUCAUCUUGGACAACCGUGCUGACCGUGAACCUGAGUUCUUUAUCUGGGACAUGGACCCUAGCGGCACAUUUCACGUCGUGGCCGAAUACGACGCAAGACCCGCCGGAACAGAGCCUAUCACGGCUGCAAUGGUCAGUGAUGACCUCUUACAGGAACUGGUGUUUGUCAAACACAUCGUCUGGGGAGACGGUACCACCAACGCACCCACGGGUGUCAGGCAGUGCGGGUACAUGAACGAGGGAUGCGCCUCCGAACAAGAUAAACGUGAAGAGCGCAACGAAAGGAAGACGACACAGCUGGUCUAUGGUCUUUCAGCUCUGGGCGUGUUCCUCAUCGUUGCGGCAGGGGUAGGGGUUUAUGUCAGGAAGCGUCUUACGGACAAUAAGAAGAAAGAUGGAACUUGGCAGAUCAAGUAUUAUGACAUCAAUUUUACAGCCUACGAUGAAAAGGAACACAAGAAAUUGGAGGCGUCUUUGGGAAAGUCUGACAAGAAGGGCUUCCUCAGCGCAACGUCUGCAGGUACCGGUGGUGUCAGUGGCAAAUCGGAAGCCACCACGAAAUACUCCGGAUCCUCAAGGUCGUCCAGUGACCAAGACUAUGGAGAGCAGGACUUCAACGCGGGGCUGUUAGACUUUAACAAACGGGAGUCUAGCAACCUCUCUCUGGGUCGGUACGAGGAUAACCUAGCUGUGGUGAAGAAGGUCUUCAAGCAACACGUGUCCAUGUCACGGGCACAGCUGGUAGAGCUCAAAGUGAUGAAGGGCAUCAACAAUGAACAUCUUAACCGCUUCAUCGGUGUGUGCACUGAGCGUCCCAACAUCUGCUAUCUCUUCCAGUACUGUACACGGGGAAGCGUUCGGGAUGUUCUCGACAACGACAACAUAGAAGUGGACGACAUGUUCCAGGUCUCUUUCAUUAUAGAUAUCGCGAAGGGGAUGGAGUAUAUUCAUCAGUCAAUCAUCAAGUUCCACGGGAAGCUGAAGUCUACUAAGUGCGUUCUUGACCAACGUUGGGUGGUCAAAAUCACAGACUACGGUCUGAAAGAGUUCAAGUUCGGUGCAGACGUCUUGGAAGAGCCCAAGGAACAAGAAGCAAAGAGUAUGGAUCCGUCCACUUCUAAAGAUCCAUCCAAAGACGUCGAAAGUAGACAGCUUCUUAUUCCCAGAUGCAAGGGAACAGAGAUGUUGUGGACAGCCCCGGAGAUUCUUCGUAACCCCAGAGCACUGGCGAGCUACGUGACGGCGCCGAAAUCGGACGUGUACAGUUACGGCAUCAUCGUACACGAGAUCCUGACCAGGGACAUGCCGUACUCAUCGUUUGGACUCAAUCCUUCAGAGGUUAUGGAGAAAAUCGCUGGAGGUAUGAGGCCACCUUUCCGUCCCAUGCUUCCUACGUCGGACAAGAUCCACCCCCUGGUCCUGCGCAUCAUGCAGGAGUGCUGGACGGAGGAUCCCCUGAGACGGCCCGACUUCGCUACUGUCCGGAGCCAACUCUUCACGGAACUCAAGGCAGGGAAGAACACGAACCUCAUGGAUGACAUCAUACACAAGAUGGAGACCUACACCGGCAAACUGGAGAAGAUGGUGGAAGAGAGGAACGAGCAGCUGAUGGGAGAGAGGAUGAGAGCAGAGGCGGUUUUGGACGCACUGCUGCCCCGCCCAGUCGCCGAGAAGCUCAAAAUAGGAGAGCAGGUCCCACCGGAGUUUUUUGAACAGGCAACGAUAUUCUUCUCCGACAUCGUUGGCUUUACCAAGAUUUCAGCUGCAAGUACUCCUUUUCAGACUAUCGACCUUCUGAAUGAUCUGUACUCCCUGUUGGACGGCAUUCUCAGCCAGCAUGACGUGUACAAGGUUGAGACUAUCGGCGAUGCCUACAUGGUGGCUUCCGGACUUCCCAAACGAAACGGCAACCGUCAUUCUGCUGAGAUAUGUAACAUGGCCCUACAUAUACAACUGGCAAUGAGUCAGGAAUUCGUGAUAAAGCACAUGCCGGGCACCCCGCUGAUGCUCCGGGUGGGUGUCCACACGGGGCCGGUAGCUGCCGGGGUUGUCGGGACAACCAUGCCUCGGUACUGUCUGUUCGGCGACACGGUCACCAUGGCCAACAUGAUGGAGUCAAAGGGAGCAGCACAUCGUGUCCACAUCAGCGGCACAACCAGAGCAGCCCUGAUGAACAUGACUGGGUACCACAUCGAACCCAGGGGAAAGGUGGAGCUCACGAAAGGACGGGCGGAAAUGACGUAUUGGCUCACCGGAAAGGACGGGAUGGAUUCCCUCCUAUCGUCGUGA